UUGGGGGGCGGGCGCGGGGCGGAGGAGGUGGAAGCCGCGAGGCCGCGGAGGUACCGUCCCUGAGGGCGUGCGGGCACGGCCGGCGUGCGGCGGGCGGGCCGCGGGCCGGGCAUGGAGCGGUGGGUCGGGGCCGCCGCGGGCUGGGAUUCGCUGUGGGGAGCCGGCUGGGGCCGAUGGCCGUGCUGGGAGCUCCUGGCCGCCUGCGCCGUCAUCGGCGCCGUGGGCUGGCUGCUGCGGCUGCGGGACAGGAGGCCGGGCGGCCGGCGGGCGGCGGCGGCGGCCGCCAUCUCCUCCCCGACCCCCAUCGCGACCCCGGCUCCCCACUCGGCCCCGGCGCCGCUCGCCGCGGGGAGCCAGCGCUGCAGCGGGAGCCGCCCAGGUGGAAUAACAAUGGAUACAAUAUUAUCCCGAUUAAAGAAGCUCAGCCACGAUGAGCUUCGAGAAGAGAUCGUGAGAGCAGGACUUAAAUGUGGCCCCAUUACUGCAACUACAAGGUUUAUUUUUGAAAAGAAAUUGGCUCAGGCACUGUUGGAGCAGCAAGGAGCACUGGAGGAGGAAGGGUCUGCUCUGUCAGAGGAGGCUGCUGGGAAUGUCCCAGUGAAUCACAACGGCCAUGGAAGUGCUUCUGAGGAGGUAGACUUUGGGUACUGUGUGGGUCUGAACCCUCCAGAAGAAGAUGCUGUGACACACAUGAACUGUUCAGCUCCAGCCUGUGGUGCUGAUUCACAAAUCACUGCUCAGACACCGUCCAGAGAUCCUCCACUAUUCUACGGUGUUUGCCCAGUUUAUGACGACAUAUUGGCCAGGAAUGAGAGAAUACAUGUUUAUGAAGAUAGGAAGCAAGCUCUCCAGGCUGUUAAGAUGAUUAAGGGUUCCCGUUUUAAAGCUUUUACAAACAGAGAGGAUGCUGAGAAAUUUGCUAAAGGAAUCUGUGAUUAUUUCCCAUCUCCAGAUGGUUUGUGCUCCCCUGAGAGCGACACUGCGAAUAAGGAGAGAGCCAACAGCUACAAAAGUCCACGGACUCAAGAUCUCACAGCUAAGCUUCGGAAAGCUGUGGAGAAAGGAGACACAGCAACGUUUUCAGACCUUAUUUGGAGUAACCCUCGUUACCUGAUCGGGUCAGGAGACAACCCAACGAUUGUACAGGAAGGGUGUAGGUACAAUGUCAUGCAUGUUGCUGCCAAGGAGAAUCAGCCUGCUAUCUGCCAGUUAUUGCUGGACACUCUGGAAAAUCCAGAAUUUAUGCGGCUGAUGUACCCAGAUGAUAACGAUGUCAUGUUGAAGAAACGCAUCCAAUAUAUUGUUGACCUUUACCUGAACACUCCAGAUAAAAUGUGGUUUGAUACUCCGUUGCAUUUUGCUUGCAAGUUUGGGAAUGUGGAUGUGGUUAACGUGCUUACCUCGCACCCAGCCAUUGUAAAAAAUCCAAGAAACAAAUACGAUCAAACUCCAGCAGAGGUAGUUUGUGAAAGAAGCAAGAACAAAUCUGCUGAAUUGAAAGAAAAGAUAAGAGAGUACUUGAAAGGUCGCUAUUAUGUCCCACUCCUGAGGGCAGAGGACAAUUCCUCAGCUCCGGUCAUUGGGGCACCGUGGUCGCCCGACCAGACGGACGACGGCCCCCAGAGAACUUGGCCUAAAUACCCUGGCAGCCCCAAAGACCCAGUGCUGUCCAUCAGGGCUUUUGCAGGCCCCAUGAGCCCCUCAAAGGCUGAAGAAUUUCGCCGGCUGUGGAAGACUCCACCUCGAGAGAGAGCUGGCUUCUUUCACAAUGUCAGGAAAUCUGAUCUGGAGAGAGGUGUUGAAAGAGUUGGAAGGGAGUUAGCUCAUGAACUGGGGUUCCCGUGGGUUGAAUACUGGGAAUUUCUGGGCUGUUUUGUUGAUCUGUCUUCCCAGGAGGGGCUGCGAAAGUUAGAAGAGUACCUGAGUCAUCGUGAAAUGAGCGAAAAGGCUCAGCCAGAAACAGGGGAAAAUGAAACCUGCAAUAGAUAUAAAACUCCACAUCCCUCUGGCAAAAGCAAAAAGUCCUGCAAUUCCAUUUCUGUUGGAGCAUUUUUGGAUGAGGAUGAUGAUGACAUGAGCUUAGAAGAAAUUAAAAACAGACAAAAUGCAGCACGAAAUAUCAGCCCCUCUCUGGUGUCCAAGGAGCCCAGCAUUGAUGCCAUUGGAGAUGCUGAGUGUGAUAUCCUGUCCAUGGAGUGUGCAGGAAACAUCAUAGAGACCUCAGCUCACCCUCGGCACUAUGAGAAGGGGGCUGCUGCCAGCAAAAACGGCUUUUGCAGUCCUGUGUCCAGUAAAAGGAUCAUCAGUGACAGAAGGCAGCUGCAUGAUGGGUCAGAAUGCCUCGUGUCACCUGUUUCCAAUUUGAUGUCAGAAUUUGAAAGCAUGUCAUUCCAAGAACAAGAGGUUGCAGGAGUAUCUCAUAAAAUCACUGAAAAAACUGAGAAUGAGGGUGUUCUGGACAAGACCUACUCUGCAGUGUCGCUGGCAAGUUCUUCUGAGCCAAGUGUUACAGGAAAACAUGGAGAGACCAAGUUAAGGACAGACCACAAAAUACCAUUAGAAAAGGAAAGAGUGUCCAGAGAACCUGGAAUUCAGACUAGGGAGCCACAGCAACGUCAAGAACUUUCUUCCCAGAAGUUUCUUUCGAAGACUUCACCCACAAAUGACAAUUUAAAGUUAUUCCUUCUUGGGGAGCAGCCCUCGAAGCUGGAUGGUGAUGUCUUAGCAGCUUUAGAAGGAGCAGAGAUUGAUCCCCAGAAAUUCCCAAUGAUUUACAAAUGGAAACACGCAGUGCAAUCCUACUCCUCAUCUGACAGGCAAAGUUGGCCGAGUCCAGCUUUGAAGGCAAGAUUCCAGUCCCAGUCCAUGGCUGCUGGCCUUCCAAAUGCUUCGGUGUACCCCAGUUCAGGAAGAAGCAGUCCCAUACCAGGAAGUCCGGGGAAGCACGGCGGCGCUGCCUCCUUCCCUCCGGAGCCCGGGAGCCCUGGGCGCUACAGCCCCGCCUGCGUCCUGCGCUAUUUUGCAGAGCCUCCUGCCCACUAGAAUGCAGCUCCUCAUGCUGGGACUUCAGUUCUGUUCUCAUUGUUAGAGUGGAGGAAAAACUACAAUGUUACUAAGGUGACAUGAGGUUUGUACUCAGCUAUUUAUUUUUCCUCAAUUGAGGACAACUGUAUGUUUAAACAAUGGAGUAUAUGUCUUAAUGCCACAUACGAGGUAGAUUGUUACUGGUGAUAAGCAAGAAGUUUGGAGUGCAGUUGUCCAGUAGCUGAAUUAACCCUUGUUGCCAGUACCACGGUGGGCUGAACUGUCCUUAGCAGUGGUGGUAAUUGCUGUCACUACUUAUCCUCAUUGUAAUGAACACACAGCCCUCAACUGCCUUUCUUGACCUUGGAUAGUCGAGGAAAUGCAUCAUCAGCAAACAGAAUGUGGGAGAGGAGAUUGAUGGCAGAAAGUGAAACAUUCUCCUGCUUUGCAGGGGGAAAAGCCUAAAACAUGCCUGGGAAUGCGAGGAAAGCUUUGCAGUGUGGAGCAGCCAGCUGGGCUGGGCAGUUCAUACCCACAGCCACCGUCACCUGUCUGUCCAUGUGUGUGCACAGAUUUGCACAGAGACCCUCGAGUCUCUGCUUGUUCUGAGGCUGUUACAGACACUGAGAUCUACCGAGUGCUUUAGAAACAGGGCACUGUAGAAACUAUUGGGAUUCCUUUAGUGGUAGUGGGAAGAUUUAAGGAAAAGAAAAGCUUAAAAAUUAGCUGGUUAUUUUUUUCCCCAGAGAAGCUGUUAACACUAGCAGAUUUGACUAGUUACUACACAAAAGCACAUCAGCAAUAAUCUCAGCAAAUUUACCAGCAAGACACUUUAUCGUAAUGGUCUGGUUUGUAAUAUAUUAGCAUGGUAGCCAGUGGCCCAGGAGGUGGCUAUUUCCCAGCUGUAAAGAGAGAGGACUAAGGACAAAAUAUUUUUAUGAAAUCUGAGCUUUUACUGUGUCUCUAGUGUUGAUGUGGUAAUGAGUUUUUGUAACAGCAGUCAAUAAUUUUAUUCUGCAGCCUUCUGUGAGAAUGACUUGUUUUGACAGUGUGAUGCUGAGAAUAAGAAAGCUUUUCAAAACUCCAGAGAGUUUUCCAUAUCAAGCCUAGUGCUUGUAAUGUUGCAUGAAAGGCUUCCAGAAACAGCUCUCUAGGUUAAAAAAAAAGAAAAAAAAAAAGAAGAAAGACCUAUCCACUGUUACAAGAUAAAUCUGAUCAGAAAGGAAGUUCUGCAGGACUGUGCUGGGGAGAAGGGAUGGAUUAGGAUGGGCUGGUGCCACACAGUCAGUGAGAGCUCAGAGCCAUCUGGCAGGGCUGGAAGAGAAGGGCACCGAGUUGAGCAAACACCGGUGGGAGGCAGGAGGGUCCCACCCCUUGGGGGCCAUUCCAGAGCCCGGGGCUCUCACAGGGCAGUGACUGUUCUACACAAACUGUGCACCCUCACAGGUUCGUGAUUGGUACAAACCUAAACACUGCACUUAAUGCUUUUGCAAGCUCAGUAGUGCCUUUUGUAAUAUAUUUUUUAAUUAAAUUUUUUGUUCUUUUGGAAGUUUUUUUUAAAAAAAAGUGGCAUCCACUUACUAUGGGCAGAUAAAAUACAGUUUUUCUCUGGGCUUUCUGAACAGGAUGUCUUUUAAUGUCUCUUAAGUUGGAUUAUUUGGUGCGAUAGCUCUCCAUGGGAGGAGAGACUCCUCUUUUAGAAAUUAUUCUUAAAAAAAAAAAAAAGGCUUAUUUUGCUCUUUGUUAAAAUUGAACCUAGUUCUAUGGAGCUGGUCAUUAGGAAGAGCUACUUUACAUAAAUGCCUCUCAUUCAAUCAUAUUCCAGACAAGUACCAGGGGCCUGGGGGGUGUCAUACUUCAGGAAAUAUGUUUUAAAAAAACCCAGAACCAAAAACAUAACCUUCUGCUACUAAGUAUGCUAACUGACUUAUUUCAUAAGGGUUUUUUGUUGUCUUUAAAAAAAAAACUCUUUUUAUGUAGCAGGCUCCAUGGUUGCAAAAUAUUUUAAGAUCCCACAUACAUAAAUUUUUACUCCAAAAGGAUUGAGAUUGGCUUUUUUUUUUUUUUCUGGGUGGUUGGGUUUUUUCAAUAAUUUAUUGUAAAUUACAUCUUUAUCAUUCUGGAGAAAUUGAUCAGCUGAUGUAAUUGCCUAAUACCAUGUUAGAGCCAAACUGCUGGGGUAAGUUGCUGUGGGUGCAGCUGCUGUUCUCCACCCUGGUCCUUCAGAGCCGUGGUACAGCAGCGUUGCCCUUUUGCUAAGAGGUUGUUACUGAGCCAGGAGACUGAGACUGACACUCUAGUUCUAUGUCCUUUUUACUUUUAUUAUGCUUCACUUAAUUUUUUUAAUAUUUAAAUGUAUGUUACUGGUAUGUACAUGUAGCCAGACACCCCCCACACACCCACCACACCCUUGCCUUUCACUUUGUAAUGUUGUUUUGGUCCAGUCAGGAGAGUAUUUUUUUAACUGUGUUAUAUAAUGUGCAUUAGUCCAGUUGUACUUCACUUAAGAGGUCAUUUUUCUAACAAUGUUACUUCAGCUAUGACAAAAAUAGCAAUUUAUGCAGCAAUUGGAUCAUUUGUGAUUUUGUGAAGAAAGCCCUUCAACACUGAGCCUGUGGAGACACUAAAUCAGAGUGAUAGUGCUUGAAUUGUGUUUUCUUGGCCAAAAGUUCACUUUUAAAGGUGCAAAAUAGCUGUGUUUUUGUUGGUUGUUUUUUAAUUAGCAAAGUGUCAUGUUAAAAAUACAGAAGUAUCCCACUUUCUAUUAAAAGCAAACGAAUAGCUGAAA